UUGUUUAUUUUGACUUCGUAUUGUAUUAGUUUUAGUUUUUUUUACGAUUAAAGCCUCAGUGUACUAGUGACAUUAGAUACUAGUGAAAGUUUAUGAUUAGUGUGGUAACGGUACCGUCCAAUAAUAUAAUUUUAUACAGGAUAUGAUCAUAUUUACUUAUUUUAUGAAGAUUUUCUCCUUAAAAUGAGUGAGAAAAAACUCGAGAACACUUUAUCUCAUAGUCAAGAUUUUGAAGGUGUUGAGGAAGGAAUUGUUACUGAAGGUAUUUUAGAUUUAGCAGAUUCAUUGACAGAUGCUGGUAAAUAUUGCUAUGCUGGCUUAUGUGCUGUAACUCUUCAUAAACUUAAUAAUAAUGAUUGGGACAAACCGUUUUGUGAUAAAUGCAUAAAAUGCAUUGUGAAACAUCUUCAGUUACCCAAACAGGUGAUGCCAAUCAUGGAAUUGCUUGUCACUGGAGAGAUGGAAAACUCUUUGGAAUCUUUCCUUGAUGUUUUAAAAUCAGAAACAGUUUUAGAAAAUAAUCUUAAUAUUCUUCUGCAAGACCUGAUUGCCAUUGCUGUUCAAGAAGGUGAAUAUGAUGCUCGGUGGCGAGUUCUUAUCAGGCACCUAGCAGAACUUUUUGGUGCCCCAUUUGAAGAAAUGGAAUUAUAUGAAAUUACAGUGGUUCAUUGUCUCACGAAUGACGAGCAUGUACCUACCGAAGAAGAAAAGAAAAAAUCUCGUAAUCGUGAAAGGCUUGUAAAGGCCAAAAGAUAUGCUCUGAUUGGGUUAGCGACUCUUGGUGGUGGAGCUCUCAUUGGUGUGACUGGUGGGCUUGCAGCGCCAGCUAUAUCUACCGGCCUUGUCUCGUUGAUGGGAGGUUCAGCGGUAUUAGCUUCAUUAGGUUAUGGAGCUGGUGCGGCCAUGGUGGGAACCUUAUUUGGUGCUGCUGGUGCAGGUCUUGCUGGGUAUAAGAUGAACAAGAGAGUAGGUGAAAUAGAAGAAUUUGGCUUUGGACAAUUGCAAACUCAAGGCAUCGGCAAUGAUAAUAUUGCUUCUGUGACUACUCCACAGCUUGACAUUACCAUUGCUCUUUCUGGCUGGAUCAAAGAUGAAAGUGAAGAAGAUUUUACCAGACCUUGGAAAUGCCUAUUUGCUUCUCGUGAGCAGUAUUACUUGCGCUAUGAAUCAGAGUAUCUAUUAGAACUUGGAAAAGCAAUAGAAUAUAUUGCUUCUAUUGCUAUAUCAAUGGCUACUCAAGAAGCUUUGAAGUAUACAAUACUUUCAGGUAUUGUAAGCGCUAUAGCAUGGCCAGCUGGGCUUUUAGGAUUUGCUUCCGUGAUAGAUAACCCAUGGGGAGUUUGCUGUAGAAGGUCUGCUCAGGUUGGUAAGCAUCUUGCAGAUGUUUUAUUGAAUAGAGAACAUGGCCGAAGACCUGUUACACUGAUUGGUUAUUCUCUUGGAGCAAGGGUGAUAUAUUAUUGCCUACGAGAAAUGUCUGAACGAGAGAACUGUCAUGGCCUUAUUUUAGAUGCUUAUUUGAUUGGUGCCCCUUGCACUGGUCGAAAGAAGAGGUGGGACCAAAUCUCAAAAGUUGUAGCUGGGAAGAUAGUGAAUGCAUAUUGCAAAACUGAUUGGCUUUUGAGAUUCUUGUACAGAACACUGUCAAUGCACACUGUCGCUGGUCUACAACCGAUUGAAUCCAGUAACCCAAACCUGAUCAAUAUUGAUCUCUCUCAUCUAGUUACAGGCCAUGGAGAAUACCCGGAUAAAAUGAAUUUAGUGUUAAAAGAGCUUGGUAUCAGAAUUAUUGAGAGUGAAUCACAGGGUACUCUACCUACUGUUCAGUCUGACAAUACUCUCACCGUCCCUCCAGAUAAGCCUAAUAUUAACAAAUCCCAUUCAGACAGUGUCUUGUUGCAGAAGGAAAACUGACAUCGAAACUGAAUUAUAAACAGAAUAGUUCAUCAGAAUUAAUAACUUUUUUUUCUAUUAAUUAUGGACCGAAUAGUUUAGAGUUACCAGCUAGGAUUUAUAAUGCGUAAGGUAUUUAAGGUCCAUUAAUGAUGUGAUAGAUCCGAUAUUUCCUUCUAAUUCGUAAUAUAGAAUUAUUUUCAGAACACAGAUAUUUUAGUAUUGAGAUAAUUAUUUAUUUAUAGGUAAUCACUGUUAACAUUUUAAUGUUAAAAUGAAAAAUGCUUGAGUCGCAAGUCAAUUUUAAAGCAGAUUUUAGAUUAUUUUUAUGUAAAUUUAAGUAAUGCUCCCAAGCGGCAAGGAAGUGUAUGUAUGAUCACUGUUAAGGUAUUUUUUAAACUAGAUAAACUAUAUGAUAUCAUUUAUAUUUAAAUUUCUUUUAAAUAUAGAGGUUAUUUUUUUGUUUUCUCAGGUUCCUUGAUCGAUCACUGUUAUAAUUUGAACACUAAGCUUUAGAUUUCAAUAAGUCAUUCUGAUCGAGCUUAGCUACUGUUAAUGACCAAAAUAGAAAGCACAAUUAUAAUAUAUAAGCAUAAGCUAGAUCUUGUGUUUGUUGACAAUUAAUGCAUAACUGUAUGUAGAUCUAAUUUUGCUUGAUGUACAAACAAAUAUUUAGUGCCCUUAAAAGUCUUCCUUAUUUAUUAGAGCAAGGCGAUGAAUUAAAAAUGUAUAGAUUCAUGGCUUAGCUUUAAAUAUGUCAGACAGGAUUGUUAUUUGGAAACUAUAUGGCACGUACUUAAGAUUGUAUUACAACACGACUAAAACUUGUUUAAAAAUAUGUAUUAUAUAUUAUUAUUAGUAUUUAUUAAUCUGUCUACAACAAAUUAUUACUUGUUUUUAAAAAUUGACCUUUUGCAUAUCUUAACGCUUUCUUAUUUUUUGACAAUUCUUUAGAUGAUCCUAUUCUACAUGAGAAAAUGGGUAGAGUGUAGAGAAGGGCUGUGUAUCAGUUUUCCCCUAUCUUCUGACUUAGCAGUUCAUUUAAACAUCUCUACCCAAGUCACUUCCUCCCAUUCAGUUCUUGUUAAACCUUGUUUUCUUUAUAAUUGUACUGUAUUUAUCAAAACAGCAGUUGAUAGAUAUUUAUGAGUGUAAAAUUAGAACAAUGUUAGACUA